AUGACUUCUCUUACGAAAACUACGUACCAAGCCUUUGCAUCGGCGAGGGCGCAGGGCAAUCCGGCAGCCGUGAUCAUCCUGCCGAAGCCCGGAUCGGUCGCACAAGAUGGGAACGGAGAGUUUCCGUACGACCUGUUCCCUCCCGCCUCAAAGCUUCAAGAAACGGCGAAAGGCAUCAAUCUCCCAAUGACAGCAUUUGCGCUCCCUCUUGACCCAGAGAAUGAGUCGGCGAAAGCUCACUACGCCGUUCGAUGGUUCAAUCCCGUCAACGAAGCGCCGCUUUGUGGCCAUGCGACUCUCGCCUUGUCGCAGCACCUGUUCAGUACUCUUCCCAAUGCGCCGCAGACGCUGAGGUAUCUUACUAGGCUUCAUGGUGUUGCCUCUGCAUCUCUCAAUCAGAGCCCAUUUGAAGAUGCGAAGCUGGUUGGUAUUGAGUUUCCGGAACUACUUGACCUUCCUGCCGUAUCACAGGAUAGCAAGCGAUGGGAUGAGUUGAAGGGCUUGUUUGAAGCGGCUUCUGCUUCGAAGUGGGAGGGCACAGGAGAGCCAGUGGCUGUAUUUGAGCAAGAUCAGUACUUCAUGCUUGAGUUUAGCCCUGAGCUUGACUUGAAAGCUUUGAAGUUCGAUGCUUCCAAGUUGACUGGCUCUGCUCACCGCGCCAUCAUCCCCCAUGUCCUGUCAAACGCCGAGACUACUACCCGGCUCAAGCAGCAUCACCCAGACUUUACUGGAAACACGCUGCGAUCUUUGCAGCAGUCGAAGGAGGGUGGUGAAUUGACUGUUGAGUGGCUUCGGGAUACAAAGACCGUGAGGAUUAUGGGUAAUGCUUCUCGUACCGGCGAGACCAGCAUCGAAAUAUGA